AUUUACAUUGCACGCUUCCCUAUUUCUGAUACAGGCAGCACAAAACGUUGUAUUGUGUUCAGAGAUUCAGCGUGUGAGUGGGGAAGGUUUGAUGAGGUUGAGCCGAAACUGAAAUUCGCUGGCAAUGUCUCUCCCUCGUCAGCUCAGGGAUGGAAGUGACUAUGAACAACUGCCAGAAGAUGUUGCUGUGUCUGCACACAUUGCUGAUGUUGAGGAGAGAAGUGGGUUUACAGUAUACUGUACAUUUGUCAUUGAGGUUAAAACAAAAGGUGGCAGUAAGUAUUUUAUAUACAGAAGAUACAGCCAGUUCUUUACUCUGCACGCUAAGCUAGAGCAGAAUUAUGGACCAGAGAAUGGAGUUGCGCCAUAUAUUUGCUCCCUGCCCCCUUUGCCAGCAAAGAUUUUUGUUGGAAACAAGAAGGAUAUUGCUGAGGGUCGCAUCCCCCUUCUCAAUGCAUACAUGAAGGGCCUGUUGAGUUCCCCAGUAUGGCUUCUGCAAGAUGAAGAUCUUAGGAUAUUUUUCUACCAGACAAUGUUUGACAGUGAAAGGGUCCCACGUGCUUUGCGCAGGUUACGUCCUCCAACUCGAAAAAUUAAGAAAAACUCCCAACACAUCUCAGACAUGGAGCGACCCAGAGCAGAGGCUUUAUUUGACUUUAAAGGGAAUGCUGCUCAAGAAUUGAACUUCAAGAGUGGAGAGGUCGUAUAUCUUCUGAGUCGAGUAAACAAAGACUGGUUGGAGGGAACAGUGACUGAUCGAGUAGGUAUUUUCCCACAAUCCUUUGUGAGAAUCAUCAAAGAUCUACCAGAAGAGAAGUUUCCAGUGAGCUGGCUGCGUUACUAUUUUCACGAUUAUGACAGGUGUCACAUCAGAGAUAUCUCCUUAGAAGAAGAUGUGAAGAAACUUCCCACUUACAAUGAACUGCUGGAGUUAAUAAGAACUCAAUUCCCUGGGACUGACGUGGCCCUGAAUAUAAAAGAUGCAGAUGGUGACCUCAUUCGCCUUUUGGACAACAGUGAUAUGGAGCUUCUUUAUACAAGAGGAAAGAAAAAGACUCACAAAGAUAACUUCUUCUCCUGGGAGUUACACGUAACACACUGUGAGGACCUGGAUAUGUACAGUACUGGAGCCGGAGAAAAUACUCAUACAGCAUAGUCAAAGAAUACAAUACAUUGUAUGCAAGAACAGUGACAAAGGACACCAGUCCAGCAAGAAAAAAGGAACAAGACAUGACGGAAGAGGCUUUCUUUUUUAAGAAUGUCACUGUGUGCAAAUGUGUGAGGUCAGUGUGCAAAUGUAUGAGGUCAGUGUGCAUACUGAACUAACACAUCCAAUUCAGGAGGAAAAACUGCUGCCUCACACCAGAAUCCAUCUGCUUUUCAUUUUAUUGGCAGAAGCAUCAUUAAUCAUAGGCAGCUUCUGGGGGCAUUACAGAUGUCUUCAAAACACCUCAAGAGCACAAAAAAAAAAUGACAGAUGUUGUUAAUUAUAUUUUUUUAUUUUCUUCUCUGUCAUCUUCUCCUUUCCU